GAUGCGACACCGCCUUACGCCGUUGCAUCUCAUCGCUGGCGAUCCGACGAGGCGACGUUCAAGGAUAUAUCCAAACGCCGCAAUACGACUUCGUCGGGAUACCGCAAAGUUCUCGCUUCUUGUCAGCACAUCAAAGACAACAUCCCUCGCAUCGAAUGGCUGUGGAUCGACACGGUAUGUCUCAAACAGGACAGCAGCUUGGAGGUGUCCGAGGGUGUGAAUUGCAUGUUUCAGUGGUACGCAGCUGCGGAGAUAUGCUUGGUCUGGCUAUGGGAUGUCGCAGGCCCUGCUCUGCCGGAGCACGGCAGUGUUUCAACGAAACAGCAAGUCUUGAAGGAGAAUUGGAGACACAGCGAAUGGUUUCGGCGAGGCUGGACCUUACAGGAACUAUUGGCGCCACGAUGGGUCGUAUUCUUGAAUUUUGAGUGGAACAUCAUUGGCCACAAGGGUCCAUUUGACGAAGAGACUGUUGCCGGGAACUUUGGGCAUGUUGGGAACUCACUGGACGAGGACCUGGCGCAAGUGACUCGCAUCCCAGUUGCUGUCUUGAGGCAUUAUCAAUGCAGCAAGAAUUUGGGCUUCGAGGAGAAAAUGCAGUGGAUGCAAGGCCGCGAGACGACUAAAGGAGAGGACAUGUGGUAUUCAUUGUUCGGCAUUUUUGGAGUUGCGCCCGGAGCAAAUUAUGGAGAAGGGGAAGGAAACGCGAAGCGGAAAUUGCUCAGGGCAAUC